AUGAACCGUAUAUUCGGGAAAUCAAAAGAAAAGGCGCCUGCUCCGGAUAUGUCCGCCGUCAUAAAAGGAGUAGAUGAUCGGGCUGAAUCGGUAGAACAGAAAAUUAAUAGACUUGACAAGGAGUUAAAAAAACUGAAAGAUCAAAUGGCCAAGAUGAGAGAAGGCCCAGCUAAGAAUUCAUUGAAACAAAAAGCGUUAAGAGUCUUGAAGCAAAGGAAACAAUAUGAAAGUCAGGCUGAAAACUUAAGAAAUCAGUCAUUCAAUAUGGAACAAGCUUCUUAUGCAGUUCAGUCAUUGAAAGACACCCAAUCAACAGUAGUUGCUAUGAAAACCGGUAUGAAACAAAUGAAAAAAGAAUUUAAGAACAUUAAUAUAGACGAUAUUGAGGAUCUUCAGGAUGAAAUGGCUGAUAUGUUGGAUCAAUCAAAUGAAGUACAAGAAGCAUUAGGAAGAACAUAUGGAGUACCAGAUAUUGAUGAAGAUGAACUAAAUGCAGAGCUUGAAGCAAUUGGUGAUGAAUUAGCUUUAGAUGAUGAUACAUCUUACCUAGACCAAGUGAAUGUUCCAGACAAAGAACCUGGACAAAAAGAAAAGGAGCCUAGUAAACCUGGUGAAAUUUCUGUUGAUGAAUUUGGUUUACCAAAAAUACCAGCCCAAAUCUAA